AUGCGAGAGAAGGUGCUUCUGGAAACCAAGUCCUUAGAAUCGGUUUACAAGACCAUUGGCGACCACAACAACUAUCUUCGCUUGCAACUUGAACAGUAUAAGGCUUAUCUCCAGAACGUCCGGAUCACGAGCACGGCCAACCAGAAGGGAAAAACCGUCGGCGGCGGCGUUGGCGUUGUCAGCGUUGACGGCAAGGAGAAGAAAAUCCCAAAGGCUCAGGCCCUGGGGCCCCACAAAUUCAGCCAUGCCCAGUUUGAGAAGGACGGCGUGAUUGUCGACACUAACGUCCCUGAAAACCGUCUAUCUAAGAUCGGUGAAUAG